CUCCUUCUCUUUAUCAAAUAAGUGGCUCAUAAAGCAGAUAAUUAAUGUGGGAGGGCUUGUUUGUAAACUAGCGUCUAUCAACUCGCUAUAUACUUGUUUGUUUAUCUCGUACUAUGACUUUCAUUCAUGGUACGAUGUUUUAUUUCUAAACAGGUGAGACAGUUUUAUCGAGAUUCACAGGGUUAAAGCAGAGAGCAAUGUGGUUAAUUUUAGAUUACCAAGACUAGACACUUUUCAGUUUAAAGUUAGCUCAGGCGAAGAAGCUCAGUGUUGUGGCUCCUUAGGCGAGCCUAAACUAAUAAUCGAAUGAUUUGAUCAAAAUUUCACAAAUAAUUCAAUUAGGACAAAAAAAAAGACAACAACAACAAUGCCUUCAGUGAAUUCAGAUCUAGAAAAAGAUGAUUCCCAAUCGUGGGAAUUAGCCGAAAGAUGUUUAUUGCCUAUUGCUUUUUCACACGCAAUUGCUGUCAUUGUAGCGACAGUAUUAAAUACAUUUGGCAUCUCUCAAACUUCUAGUUUUGUGCUUUUUCUAUUAUUUUUGGUUAUAUCCAUUAGUUUCACCUUGUUCUACCACAAUCUCAAGAUAUCAGCAGCAGGAAAAGCAGUAUUAAUUACCGGAUGUGAUACAAGAGUUGGAGACGCAUUAGCCAGAAAAUUAGACGAAUUGGGAUUUACAGUUUUUGCGGGAUUUUCCAAUAGAGCGGAAAAUGAGGAAGCAGCUCAAAAAUUGAAAGAAGAAUCUUCGGGCAGAUUACACAUUUUACAAUUGGACAUUACUAGUGAACACGAUAUUCACUCAACGUUUUUAUACGUAAAUGAAAAUUUACCCGAUGGAUCACCAGGAUUGUGGGCUUUGGUGCAUACAGAUACUUGGGUAACUCUAGGUGAAUGUGAAUGGAUUCCAACAUCAGUUUUAAGAAGAAGCAUGGACGUGAACGUCAAUGGAGUGACAAGAUUAACUCAGGUUUUCCUUCCACUUGUAAGAAGAUCAAAAGGUCGCAUUGUACUGGUCGGUAGCCUUUUGGCUCGAAUCCCAAGUGCAGUUAGAGGAAUUCAUUGCGCCGUCAAAGCUGCAAUAGAAGCUUGGGGAAAUUGCUUAAGAUUGGAAAUGCGAAGAUGGGGAGUUGAUGUUGUUAUCGUUGAAACUGGCGAAUACGUAUCUGGAAAUGCAUGGUUAAAGGAUAAUACAAUUAUUUUGGAGCAAGCUAGAGAAAUGUGGACACAGCUUGAACCACAAACACGAAAAGAAUAUGGGAAAAUGUUAUUUCAAAAGGAAAUGUUGGCACUUGAAAAAUAUACAAAAGGACCUGAAGCUGAUUUAACUCCCGUAAUGCGUGCAUUAACUGAUGGAAUAACAAAAACAUUUCCAAUGAAAAGGUACACACCAGUGUCUCGUAGAGAGAGAAUACAAGCUUUACUUAGUGAUCAUCUUCCAAGACCAGUUUAUGAUAUAUUGUAUGCAAAUUAAAUGGACUGUUUAUUGAAUUUCGCGUACGAUUUACACGCAUCACUGUACAUUUAUAUGUUACUAAUUUUACUGAAUUCAAAAUAUAAUGCAUUGCUAUUUAUUA